UCGUCUUCUACCGUGUGUGGACAAAAAUAUUUUUAUGCCGAAUAUCUCAUUUUUAAACUUUGUUUUUCACUGCGAUUAUUCCACUCUAAAGGAAAAUGCCGUCAGAUACGGAAGAGGAGUUUUCAGACCUCAAGCCUCCGCCGAUUUUCGAGGAUCUGAACGAACGUGUUAAAGACUAUUUAUUGAAACCGGAAAGAUUGUCAAUCCAUCAAUGGGAGAAGUCACAGACUCACUGGCACCGAGCAACAGAUAUAGAUUCAUUAUUUAAAAUAGAUGAUGAAGAGAUAGACCCUUACACCACAUUAGAGGUAGUCCGAGACCCUAUAACUGGCGAAAUAACAGGCAUUGAAGAAGUAAGCCUACCAAUCGAGGAUGAUGAAGAACUUCAGUCGAUGUCCCGAGCACCGCUGCCUCCGAGCUUGUCUACCCGCGGGGCCACAACCCAAAGCCCGUUCUUGCCAGCCGGCUUUGAAGACGAACUGGCCAAGAUGCUGGAGGCAGCGCAGCAUGGGGAUGUUAAUGUAGAUAUAGAGAAUGAGGAAGUGGGGAAGUUUUUGGGGGAAGAACUCUUAACCAUACCGCCCGGGUGCAAGGAAGGAGUACUAUUUGCCGAAGAUGGCUUCACCAUGCUAAAUGGUCCGGAACAGGUUAAGACAGAAGGUGAAAAGGUGGAGAACAAUGAUAUUGAUAUUAAGGCUAAUAUUGAUUUGGAAGAAGUUAUUGAUAGCAAUACACAUUUAGUGGGUCUUUGGAAAGACGAGGACGAACCUCGACCCAAAACAAAACAGAAUCAACAACAGCCAGAGACUGAUUCAACGGACAAUGACAACUUCUUAGAAAGCACCAUAAUACAACCACCGGUAGAACUACCAGAGAUACCAAUAUUGAACAUCACUAGUUCCUCAGUAAGGACCGGGGUGACUAGUACAGAAUGGGCAGAGAUGAUAGACGUGUCCUUACCAGUGCCAGAUUUUAGAGAGAAAAUUAAAGAUAUGGCACACUCUUAUCCGUUUGAGUUGGAUAACUUUCAGAAACAGGCUAUUUUAAAGCUAGAAGAGGGUCACCACGUCUUCGUCGCUGCGCACACGUCAGCCGGCAAGACAGUUGUCGCCGAAUACGCCAUAGCUAUGUCUAGGAGAAAUUGUACUAGAGCAAUAUACACAUCACCAAUCAAAGCUUUAUCCAACCAGAAGUACAACGACUUCAACAAGAUGUUCGGUGAAGUGGGACUUCUCACCGGGGACCUUCAAAUCAAUGCCACGGCGCCCUGCCUGGUUAUGACCACGGAGAUUCUAAGGUCUAUGCUGUAUUGUGGGUCUGAUGUUACUAGGGACUUGGAGUUUGUGAUAUUUGAUGAGGUGCAUUAUAUCAAUAAUGCUGAGCGCGGACACGUAUGGGAGGAGGUGCUAAUUUUGCUCCCAGCUCACGUGAGCAUAGUUAUGUUGAGUGCAACUGUACCGAACACACUACAGUUCGCCGAUUGGGUCGGACGGACCAAGAAACGGCGGGUCUAUGUCGUCUCUACACCGAAGCGACCCGUCCCUCUGUGCCACUAUCUGUACACAGGUUCUGGUGGCAAAUCGAAGAAUGAAAGGUUCAUGGUACUAGACCAGGAGGGUAACUUCAGACUCCGAGGAUACAAUGAUGCAGUGGCAGCUAAAAAGGCCAGGGAGAACGACUUUAAGAAAAACUUUGGCCCUAAGGGUGGAAAACAAUUCAUGAAUCCUAAAGCGGAACAGACCAUGUGGGUGGCGUUUAUCGACCAUUUGAGACAGAACGACAAGCUACCGGUUGUCGCCUUCACUUUAUCUCGAAACAGAUGCGAUCAGAACGCGGAAAAUCUGAUGUCAGUAGACCUAACGACGGCACAUGAGAAGGGACACAUACGGAACUUCUUUCAAAGGUGUCUGCAGAGACUUAAGGAACCUGAUAGAAGGCUGCCCCAGGUUCUACGCUUGCAAAGGGUACUAGUAAAUGGCAUUGGGGUGCAUCACAGCGGGAUCCUACCGCUUCUCAAAGAAAUCGUUGAGAUGUUGUUCCAAUCAGGGCAUGUUAAGAUCCUAUUCGCAACGGAGACAUUCGCUAUGGGAGUGAACAUGCCUGCGCGCACAGUGGUGUUCGAUGAAAUCACCAAAUUCGACGGCUUAGAGCGCAGAAUCUUGGCGCCCGCCGAAUAUAUACAGAUGGCGGGUCGCGCGGGCCGUCGAGGCCUCGAUGACACGGGAACAGUCAUCAUCCUCUGCAAAGACGGUGUUCCCGACCAGGUGAAGCUGAAGGGCAUGAUGAUGGGAAUACCUCAGAAGCUGUCAUCACAAUUCAGACUGACAUACGCUAUGAUACUUAGCCUGUUGAGAGUAGCAACAGUCUCCGUCGAAGGCAUGAUGCAACGUUCCUUCCGCGAGUUCGACCAAAUCCUCCAAUCAGACAACAAUAAGAAACAACUGCAAAUCGCCGAAAAGGAAUACUCAGAGAAAUGCAGUACACCGCUGCCUCCCCACUUAGCCCCGCUGGCUACCUUCUAUGAUACAGCGGCAAUGUACAUCGAUGUGUUGAAUGAUAUCAUGCCGAUUUUGUUGAACCAGCCUAAGGUUUUGAAGGAAUUUGUGCCGGGGAAGAUUUUGAUAUUUUCAGCGGGGCCUUAUAUUAAUCAGCUUGGGAUUUAUUUGAAUACGACAGGACCUCGACAAACCCCGUACAAGAUUUUAGCACUGAACACGGCAGUCCAAGACACGGCUAGGUAUAACUUCGAUAUCGAUGAAAGUUGGUAUAGAAUGCUGAGCUUCUCCGCUCUCUACAAUGGAAUAGGUACUGAGGAAAGUACGAUGGAUCACACAAUACUCUGCAUAGCACCAAAAAACGUUAUGGCCGUAACUAAAAUGACCCUGAAAAUUGAUGCCUCCAUCAUUAUACAAGAUUGGGAGAAACGGCAAAUGCCAAGGUUCAAAGACGCCCCAGUAGGCUCAAGCUGCGCCACAGCCAUACAGGAGCUAUCUAGAAUAUCACACGCGGUCAAAACUGGGGCAACCAAACUGGAGCAAAUCAAUCUGACGCAGUCGCUGGCUGUGUCUACAGGGGAGAUAUUAGAUCUGCUUGAUAGUAUGGCUAGAUUGCAGAAAGAACUAGGAGACCUAGAAAAAUCUACAGACAUAGCGAACUUCAAGUCCGAAUUCGCUAUAGUAUACGAACGCAAGCAAACGGAACGCAAACGUGACAAAUACAGGCGGUUGCUGUCGUUCGAAAACCUCGCUCUGUACCCGGACUACCAACGGCGGCUUAUGGUGUUGAGAGAACUGAAUUAUAUAGAUGAACAUGACAGUGUUAUAUUAAAAGGCCGCGUCGCUUGCGGAAUGGGCACCAACGAGCUAAUCAUAGCGGAACUAGUGUUCCGCAACGUAUUCACGGAUAAAACGCCGGCAGAGAUCGCGGCGUUACUCAGCUGUUUCGUGUUCCAAGCGCGAACUGCCGUCGAGCCAGUUCUAACGGAUAGGCUGGCUGAAGCCGUGAAAGUUAUCGAUCAGAUCGAUCAGGAGUUGUCUUCCGUUGAGUCGAAAUACUUGGUGGGUCAAUUCGAAGGCCAACAAGAGAGGCUGAACUUCGGUCUAGUCAAGGUGGUGUACGAAUGGGCGCUGGAGAAGCCUUUCGCCGAGAUCAUGGACCUCACGGAUGUACAGGAAGGCAUCAUUGUGAGGUGCAUCCAGCAAUUGCAUGAGCUCCUAAUAGACGUGAAAGACGCCGCCGUGGUCAUCGGAGACCCCAAGCUGCAAGCUAAGAUGGUGGAGGCUUCUUCAGCCAUCAAGCGAGACAUCGUAUUCGCGGCCAGUCUCUACACCACGCAGAAGGAAACUGUCUAGAUAGUUGUUUAAAUUGUAUUACUUAUUAUAUUUUAUACGAGAAUAAAAUAAUAAAAAUCUUGAAAA